GUUAUAAACGAAACACGUACAUUGGAAAUAACAAUUAUAAUAUUAUUUAAGGUUAUUUUCAGUGAAUUAGUGAUUUAUUUUAUAUAGUUUUCUUUAUUUUCUACUAUAAGAUUUGUAUUUAGUGAUAAUACAGCGUUUUUCAGACCCCAGCAACCAAUAAGGUCUUUAAUAUGAGGUCAAUAAAUCGCCGAGUGAUAUCUUAAAUACCUCGCCAAUUAAAUACAUCGUUAAAUUAAAUAUUUAUGGUACCGGUCUAACCUCAAAAUGAUAGCAUAUUUCGUGCCAUUUUUCCUGCUUGCAACCUCCGUGGUUUCACAAAAAUCAGAGGGCGACUCCUGCAUAGAUGGGUACACCAAUAGUGUGGGGAGGUGCGUACGCGCAGAGAGCUGUCAGUCCGCGCAGACUGACUUCCAGCAGAACGGUAUCCGGCCUACAUUCUGCGCGUACACCUUCGACAGUGCCCUGGUCUGCUGCCGCGACGAAGGCUCCAUCCUGCAGACGCAGACCUCGCGACCUGCUGUCGAUAACGACCGACCUGUCUGGGGUAACCAACCGGGCACCAGCGGCCAGUCAAAUAACGCGAAUAGAAAACGAGUUAGCGAGCGAAAAUGCUCAGAAUACAGCCGAGGAGUCGUGGAGAAAGUGGACUUCAUCCCGCUGCUGCCAGACCCGGAGACACUGUCCAUAUCAGCGAGCAAGUGCGACUACACCAGGGUCGAGCUCAUCGUGGGCGGGGAGAAGGCUAGCCUGGGAGAGUUUCCUCACAUGGCAGCAAUUGGGUGGUCAAAUGAUGAAUCCUACCAGUUCAACUGCGGCGGCAGCCUGAUCAGCCCGCGGUUCGUGCUGACAGCCGGCCACUGCAUCAGGGAUCCUCGCCAGCAGAACCCCGAGCCGGUGGUGGUGCGGCUGGCGGACCAGAACAUUGACCCCACGGUCGACGACCGCGCCAACCCCGUUGAUGUCCCCAUAAAGCGGAUCCACAAACACCCUGAGUACCAGCCUCCGAAGCGGUACAACGAUAUAGCGCUACUGGAGUUGGCGACUGACGUGGACUUCGAAGCCAACAUCCGACCAGCGUGCUUGUGGACCCAACCAGGGUUCGGAGCCUUCGACCGAGGCAUCGCCACCGGCUGGGGGGUCAACGACACGCGCACCAAAACGACUUCGAAAGACCUGCAGAAAGUCUCCCUCUCUCUACUUGAGAACGACUAUUGCGGUACUCUUCUGCCCACCAACCGCAACUGGGCUGGCUUCCGGCCGACGCAGUUGUGCGCCGGAGAACUCCGAGGGGGGAAGGAUACAUGUCAGGGUGACUCCGGGUCUCCGCUGCAAGUGGCGUCCAAAGACAACCAGUGUAUUUUCUACAUCAUUGGCAUCACGUCGUUCGGUGGCGAGUGCGCGAGGAGUGGCCAGCCUUCAAUCUACACUAGAGUGUCAAGCUACCUGGACUGGAUUGAGGGUGUCGUGUGGCCUGGGGAAUAAGCUGGUGUACUAUACAGCAAUGAGGGGCCUUCCAGGCUACGUUCUCCAAAAGCAAUACAGGGUGCAUGGGCGGAUCCCAUGCAUCUGGGGUGGGAGCAUGGGGGCCGUGACCACCACCCCUAAACCCCCCCCCCCCCCCAACGAUUUUUUUUAAUUUUUAUUUUAUUAGGCACACCAACAGUUACUACAAUAAUUCAUGUAUAAAUUACAUUUCAAAAAACUUAAAACUAAUUGCGUAACUAAUUACAGGUGAGCACCGCAUGCAACAGAAGAGAAUUUAACAAAAACAAACGAUGUUUGUCACUCCUCAAACAUUAAAAAUAUAUAUAAUAUAAAAAUAACAAUAACAGACUUUGUUGAAACUUCACAAAAGAAAAAAAAUAAUAAACAAAAAAUACGAAUAAGUACAUUAAAAAGAACAUACGAGCCAAAUCUAUGAUUAUAAACUGAUUCGCGGGCGACCAGCGUAGCGAUCAGCCAUCUUCAAUUUCAAUCACUUUCAGAAUUCCUUUGAAUUUGAUUGGUUGAAUUGACAACUCUCCUAUAUGUUUUCAUAUUUCAGCCAAUCAGAGAAUAGAAUUUCUAUUUGUCAGGAAAGAAAUUGAGUUAGAUGAUCGCCCAGCUGUUUAGUUAAAUAAAAUAGAAUUACUAAUUGAGAGUUUCACACAAAGCGCUUAGCAUUGUCCUUCAUUAUGCGCACUGCUUAGGAGUGGAACUCUCUGCCGUCUUCUGUAUUUCCCAAUGCAUAACCCGGGUGCUUUCAAGGCCAGAGUGAACAGGCACCUUCUGGGCGAGCUCCAUGCGGGCAAGUCUGGGCCAAGAGCAAAUCCAUCAAAGGUAAAAAAAAGGUAUACUUACCCAAAAACAAAAGUAAAAGAUGGAUACGUGUUAUCCAUGAGAUUAGAAGGCGAAGACAACUCUGUACGGUCACGAGUACUAAUAUGUAUACACUUUGAAACCAUGUCACAUUAACUUUUUUGUGAGCAUCAGAAUGACUGCCCAAAAUGACAGAUCAGCUUUAAAAUAUUACUAACAUCCAAUACCUUUUAGCUACUAUUUAAUACCUUUGUAUAGAUAUUUUCUACCUAAUUAAUAAAUAAGAAAAUUAAUUUAAAAAAUGGCCAGUCAUUCUGAUGUCUGAAUGACCACCCACAUUUAGAAUCUCCACAAAAAGGCCCCGAAAUGUAAUUUCGCCUACACACAAGUUUAAAAGCUGAUCUGUCAUUUUGGGCAGUCAUUCUGAUGCUCACAAACCGUAGGUCUCAUUAAAUGUCAGAUAUGAUAGUGCGGCAGGGUUCUAAAGUGGGUACAUGAUAUUGCUCAUGACUGUACAGCGCGUAUUUUUUUUAUAGAACGUACCCUGGAAAGUCGCUCACUUACACCCGUAUCUACUUCCUGGACUCCGUCCUCAGUUGAGACGACCUCAAGGUCUUCCUCGAACUCAGCUCAAAAUCGAUAUUCUUACACGCCUCAACCUAAACUCGAGUUAACUCCAGUGAGACAUGACGUUAUUAUUUUCGUAUUAUUAUGUUGGCAGUAUGACAUACUCGACUCCAGUGAGUAAAGUCCUCAAGUCGAGGGCGUAAAUGUCAACUUGAAAUACCAAAAUGCUCAGUUGACGCCGAGUCGAAUGGAGACUUCUCAGGUUGAUUUAAUUUGUUUUUAUAAAUAAAUAAAAAAUCGUUUAUUUCGGACAAAGUCCAUAGAAUGUUAGUAUACAAACAACUUAUAAACUAGUGUACGUAGGACAUUAUUCGGGCAAUCAUAAAUACAAAUUAUAGGGUGAGAAGCUCCAUCCACCUUUUUAGAAAGGGGGAGUCCCACCUGGCUCGAGUUUGCGUGAGAAGCGACGCACAACGUUUCCGCAUGAUAAUUUUAAAUUCGUGUGCUGAGACCGAUGACAACACUGUAAUAUCUUAUAACACGCAACAUUCACGAAUAAAUAUUUUUGUAUUUAAAAGAGUUGAGUGAACAUCUUAGAAAACGGGUUAGGUUAAGGUUUUAUAUUUUUUAUAUCUAAAAAAAGUACACUUUAUACAUGAAAAA